AUGAGAAGAAUUUUGCAUCUCUUUCCAGGCCAAGGCAUCUAAAAAGUGGGUAUGCAUGCAUCUCUUGAUUCUCAUCAAUAUCUGAAUCUAGUUAAAUAUGUGCCAGGCUUAUAAAAAUGCAUUGAGGAAGGACCUCAAGCAAUUCUCAAUUAAACUGAAUUCACACAACCAGCCAUCUUCAUCUGUUCAUACCUUCGAUAUUAAUAGAUCCCUGAUGCUGAAAUAUAAUACGCUAUCGGACAUUCAGUCGGAGAAUACGCAGCCUUGACAAUAGCAGGUCAUCUGGAUCCAUAGGAGACUGUCCAAUUACUAUACAAAAGAGGCUGUAUAAUGAGAGAUUGCAGUAAAGGAAGAUAAAUGGGUAUGUUGGCAGUGGCAAGCACCUAGGAUUUCACUCAAAUCGUAUAGAAGGUCUUGGUGAAAAAUCAGAUUAUCGAACCUGCUUUAUACAAUUCCUAAAAUUAAUUGGUCUAUUCUGGAGACAAGGAAUCUUUGAAAUUGAUGCAAGCAGAAUUGAAAAAACAGAAGGUCAAUUCCUUAUUCUUAGAAGUAUCAGCAGCCUUCCAUUGUUCUCUGUUGUCCUAAGGCAAACUAGAAUUUGAGAAAGAACUAUAAAAAUAUGUUAAGUUCAAUCCAAAAAGUGAAAUCAAAGUAAUAAGGAAUAUUGAUGCCACUGUCUAUGAAAAUAGAGAUUAAGUAAUUGAAGGUCUGAGAGAUCAAUUAGAUCAUCCAGUGAUGUUUUAAUAGAGUUAUCAGAAAAUUAAAGAUCUAAAUUUGCAAUGCAUUGAAUAUGGAAGCAACAUUUUAACUAAGUUUUUAAGUUGA